GUAGAGGAACAGUGACAGGUGGCGCUGGGAAGGGAAGGUUGGCUGCCGCCUGGCGGGCUGGCUGAAGUGUUUUAGUACUAGUCAGUCUUGCUUGCCCUACACGCUCUAUUAACCAGUGUUUCCGUAUUCCCGGCAACUUCUCCCUGCACCGAGCACCGCCAAGCAGCAUCAGAGGGAUACAAGUACUAAGCUUGUAUAUGUACAGAGAGACGAAUGAACGGAUGAGUGAGGCUGUUAGGGAGUUUUUCGAGAGAAUGUGCCCUGUGUAGCAUCAAGAUCAAGACGAGAAUCGAGCCACGGCUGCAGCUUGAUCAAGAUCAGAUGAGUGGCCGAACAGAACACUUCUGGCGGGUGGCCGGCCUCAUUAGGGACAUGAGGAUGGGACACAGAGGAGUGGUGGUGAUGAGGGCGAGAGGAAGGCUUGGGCUGCAGCCUCCCGCCCUCCCCCAACUCUCCACACACCACAUGGCUGUCACGAUGCAGCAGAGAAGUUACAGUGCCACACCACCCCCCCAGCGCCCCCCAACCUUCCUCGGGAAAAUCAUUGAGAACUUCAGAGAGGAAUUGAACAGAAACCAGAAGAUGAAGGAAAGCUUGAAGGAGUUCAGAAAGGAUAUGGAAAAAUUAGAAAAGUCUGAAGCGUUACAAAAAGUCAGAGAGAAAUACCAGACAGUGGAGGAGGAGACAGCAGAGGGAACAAAGAAGGCCAAGCAACAGUUUUACACCAUCAAGAAGAAAGUUACCGAGACAAUGGAGGAAGCACACAAGGCAGAAAUUCUCCAGAAGGCGUCCAAACUGACAGAGGAGGCAACAAAGCAGGCUCAGAAAGUCGGGCAGACCAUCUCGCAGAAGGGUGAGGAGAUCAGCAAGACCCAGACAUACCGCACCAUCUCGGACACUGCCAAGGCCAUGAAGGAGGAGAUAGACCAGUCCACCUUUGGGGGAGCUGGGGCCAGAGUGUACAAAGCGCCCAAGAAGCUGCGCAAGAGAGUUGAGCGAGAUCCUGAGGCAGAGAAGAGAAUUAUUCAGGCGAACACUGAAGCAAGAGGAAUAACACUACAUAAGGAUUCUCAGUUUGCCCAGAGCUGGCAGAACUUUAAGGACAACAACCCUUAUGUCAACAAAGUACUUGUGUGGAAGACAAAGCUAGAUGAGAGUGACAACCCGUUGGUCCGCGCCUCAAUGUUGAUGAAGGAUAAGAUGUCCGAGCUGUUUGGUGGCGUCUUCCAAAGAACAGAGUUGUCUGAGGCUCUCACUGAAAUCUGCAAGAUGGACCCAACUUUCGAUAAGGAAAGGUUCUUGCUGGAGUGUGAAUAUGACAUGAUUCCUAAUGUGUUAGAGGCAAUGAUCUCUCCAGAUUUAGAGGUUUUACAAGACUGGUGCUAUGAGAGAGCCUAUUCCCUCCUGGCCACUCCUGUCAAGCAAGCCUACCAACUCGGCCUCAAAUUUGAUUCCAAGGUCCUGGAUGUGGACAAUGUGGACUUAGUAAUGGGCAAGGUGAUGGAGGAGGGCCCUGUGCUGGCUGUGUCAUUCCAGUCCCAACAAAUCAUGUGUCUGCGGAACAGUAAAGGGGAGGUUGUGGAGGGCGACCCCAGCAAGGUACUACGAGUUCAAUAUGUGUGGGUCUUAUGUCGAGACCAGACUGAGUUAGACUCCCGCGCAGCCUGGAGAAUACUGGACCUGUCUGCCCAGAGCACGGAGCAGCUGGUGUAACAAAGGACUCCACUAAGAGUGAUGACUUAUGUGAUGUGUGACUUGAUAAGUUACGAGUAUGUUUGAAACGCUGCCGUUGCAGGUGAAAGGUGACACUGGAUGAUGAAGAACUUGUAAAUAAUUUUUUCCUCACCUGGACAUGCGAUACAAAGGCCAGGCUGAAUAAGUUGUGUUUGGAAAUGUUAAUAUUGUGGAUAAAAGAAGAUACAGCAGAUGAUAAGCCAUUUAAUGAUAAAUUUUUCUUACCUGAAUGUAAAAAGAGCUUAUACUCUAUAGUGUUGUUGGUUGAUAUUAAAUUUCUGUAUAUUUUUUUACUAGUUGGAUAUUACUAAGUAAUGUAUGUGGCCUUUUUGAAAAUCUGAUACACUUAACAACAAAAUUGAAGACUCACAGAAGCAGAUAUUAUGGGUUAUAAGCUCAAGAUUUAUCUUUUUUUUUUUUUCCACUAUAUAUUGUACUGUAUUAUUUAAGUAGAACUGUAGUCGUGUCUGAAAUGUAACUGCAGUUUUAUUUUUAUCUCAUUUAUUUUCAAGAUUUUUCA